UCUCAAACUUUAGUUUCCAAAAACUUAAGAGAGAUUUGUGAAUUUUAAAUUAAGAAAGAAAAAAAAACAGUAGAGAGAGAAGUUAAUGGGAUUCGGCUUAAAGAGCAUCAAAUCAAUCUCCGGCGGGUGGGGCGCGGCGGCGCGUUCCUGUGACGCUUGUAAAUCAGUAGCCGCCACCGUGUUCUGCCGAGUUGACUCAGCUUUCUUAUGCAUCACUUGUGACACAAGGAUCCACUCGUUCACGCGCCACGAGCGCGUGUGGGUCUGCGAAGUCUGCGAACAAGCUCCCGCCGCCGUCACCUGCAAAGCCGACGCCGCCGCGUUAUGCGUCACCUGCGACUCCGAUAUCCACUCGGCUAAUCCACUAGCUAGCCGCCAUGAACGUGUCCCCGUCGAGUCUUUCUUCGACUCCGCCGAAACCGCCGUCGCGAAAAUCUCAGCUUCGACGUUUGGGGUUCUCGGGUCAGGGACCACCGUCGAUUUAAGCGCCGUUCCGGUGAUGGGUCACUCCGAAGAUCUCGGCUUGUGCCCGUGGCUGCUCCCUAACGACUUUAACGAACCGGCUAAAGUCGAGAUCGGAACCGAAAUGAAAUCUUCCGACUUUAUGUUUUCCGAUUUCGAUCGGCUCAUCGAUUUCGAGUACCCAAACUCCUUCAACCAUCAGCCGCCGCAUAACAGCGCCGGAGCAGACAGCCUCGUUCCGGUUCAGACCAAAACAGAGCCUCUCCCAUUAACUAACAACGAUCAUUGUUUCGACAUAGAUUUCUGCAGAUCAAAGCUCUCUGCUUUCACCUACCCAUCCCAAUCAAUCAGCCACAGUGUUUCGACUUCGUCUCUCGAAUACGGUGUGGUUCCUGACGGGAACACAUCCGUCUCGGAAAUCUCGAUUCCGUUUAAACGGAGCACGAUCACUGGUUCGACGGCGACAACCGGAGAUCAAGCGAGCUCCAUGGAUAGGGAGGCUAGGGUUCUGAGGUACAGAGAGAAGCGAAAGAACAGGAGAUUCGAGAAGACGAUCCGUUACGCUUCAAGGAAAGCUUAUGCAGAGUCACGGCCAAGGAUCAAAGGCCGAUUCGCGAAACGAACAGAGACCGAAAACGACGACGUUUUCCUUAGCCACGUGUACGCAUCAGCCGCUCAGUACGGUGUCGUACCGACGUUCUGAUUUCCAAUCUACGGUGGAAGUUUUUAAAAAGAAUCACCUGCCGACUUCACCGUUGAUUUACUGUUGGUGUAUAAUAAUUAUAGUGAGUCUUACCGUAGACAAACAAUCUUAUCCUCUCUACAGCUUCACCCGUUUUUACUUUUUUUUUCCUGUUUUACUUUCUCUCUCACUGCCACUGUAACUUUUUUUUUCUUCUAUUUAUGUAUGCUUAUUUUUAUUUAGCAAAAUGAUAUAAACUCAUAUAAUUUGGUAAUUAUAUAUUUUCUAUUGGCU